AUGGAAGUUGAUGACGCGGAAAAACAACAAUUCGAUCUCGAGCCCCAGCAAGAGUUGCGCUUCGACGUGACCGGGCGCGAGGAUGUAGAGCUGAAGCUGCUCGAGGGGAUGGCCGAGAUUUUCGGCGCCCCGCUGGAGCAGCACAAGAAAUAUCUAUUUUCAACGGGCUCUCGAGCGGCUGUCUUCACGUGGGGCAAGGCAAAAUUGGAGCUGAUCGGAUCGGCGACGUGCUAUGUUUCGGAUGAUACGCCGAUGAUUGUUUACGUGAACGCACACGCGGCGCUGGAGCAGUUGAGAAAAGCGGCAGAAAAGCCUGAAGAUAAAGAAAGAGCUGGGCAAGGCCCAAGGAUGAUGGUUGUCGGGCCGACGGACGUCGGCAAAAGCACGUUUUGCCGGAUUCUCUGCAACUACGCCGUCCGCCAAGGGCACACGCCGAUAUACGUGGAUCUGGAUGUUGGCCAGAAUUCCAUUUCCGUGCCCGGGUCGAUUGCGGCUGUACAUGUCAAUCGUGUCUCCGAUGUUGUAGAUGGCGGAUUGCCGGCUUCACCACUGGUUUAUAAUUUUGGAGCGCUCUCACCCUCUGACAACAAUGCCUACUACAACAAGCUCGUCGAGGCGCUAGCAAAAGCCGUUUCUGUCAAGACAGCCGCAAACUUGACGACAGGCAUCUCGGGCGUCAUCAUCAAUACGUGUGGCUGGAUCGCGGACGAGGGCUACGCGAUGAUCGUCGAAGCGGCUCUCCAGUUCGAGGUGGACAUUGUCGUCGUUUUGGACCAGGAACGGCUCUAUAAUGAGCUGGUCAAGACGUUGCCUUCAUUUGUAAAGAUCGCCCACCUUCCCAAAUCCGGCGGUGUCGAAACCAGAUCCCGUGAACGCCGAAUUCGAACGAGGAAUUUCAACAUUCAUCGGUACUUUUACGGAACGAGAACCAACACGCUGGCCCCUCAUUCCUACCAAAUAAAAGUCGAUACGAUAAAACUUGUAAAAAUCGGAACCGAAGCCGUGCCCGACGAGUGCUUGCCGGUCGGAAUGAAGAAAGAAGACUAUAGCUCAAAGGUGCUGGCCAUGCAGUUCAACCCCAACGAGCUGCGCUACCAGCUCCUCGCCAUUUCCCCAUGCAAAGAGAUUUGCCCGGAAGUUGCAACGACGCCCGUCCUCGGCUACAUUGUCAUCACGGAAGUGGAUGCGGAGGAAGGACAGAUAACCGUUCUCAGCCCCCAGGACUCGAUCCCGGAAGGCAGCAUCUUCGUGCACACAAAAAUCCAGUUCCUCGACGAUUUUACGAUGCCCAUG